UUCAUUGUCAUCGCCAAAGCUACCCCAAGUUAUUGCCGAGCAGCCUUCUCCAGUCCACCUAUGAACCUUGAAAACACCAAUUUCUUCCUCUGCUUUCACGCGCUCAUCGACAAAAUUGGAAAUGAUGACUUGGUCAACGUCAUCGUGUUCGACUCUUCAGUGGAAUAUUUUUGGAUUGCACAAUGGGACAUUAUCAAUAACCCCCCUUCAAACCUGACAUCGGAUAAUGGCGUGUAUUGGAGCAACAUUACCAAGCUUGCGAGCCUUCCAGUGCUGACUGUUGUUGCCAUUCGAACAAUCGCUCGUGGUGGCUGGGAGGUUCCACACUGUUGGAUUUUGGCACCCGCAUUGCAACAACAGAUAAGUCAAAGCAACGUUGUAGUGUAA